AUGACCUCUAAUUCUCAACGGUUGCUCCCCGACGUCGUUUUGAGAAACCCGAGCGCGCCAAAUGAAACUUGCGCGUUUCCCGUUUUGCCCUCGAAACCAGACUCAAUUUCAAACCCCAUCCCUUCCGCUCUUAGUACUCUUUUAUUCUUCUUCUAUUUCUUCCCUGAGGUUACACGGCACCGACCCAUGGAGCCACCCGCAGCGAAACACGGCUCCUUACGAAAUGUUCUGGUUCGUCUCUUCUCCUUCGCCGUCCUCAUCUUAGCAGCGCGAUUUGCCAUCAUCGUCACCGUCCGCGGCGGAUCCUGCGAAUCCGCCGAUUUCUGCUUCUUCUCCGAAAACCUCACUCUCUCCACUCCCUCUCGUUCCUCCGACGCCGAAGAUAUAUUUUCCGGAAAGAACUGGCGCCGAUCAGUCGAGCACUACGCCGCCUUUUUCCAGGACCUCAUCGCCGACGGCUACCUCUCCCCGAACUCCCGCGCCCUCUGCAUUGACACGCCCGCCGGAGAGGACGUCCUGGCUCUGAAAGAGGUCGGCAUCGUUGACUCCGUUGGAAUCUUCAAGAAACCGUCGCCGCCGCUGAUUCUACACGGUGACGGCCGCCGGCAUCCUUUCUCUGGCGACGCUUUCGACUUCGAGUUUUCCGGCCACGGCGGCCUGGAACGUUCCCCGCGACCGGCGGUCUUCGCCGCCGAGAUCUGCCGCACCCUCCGUCCCGGCGGCUUUACGGUUGUUCACGCGGCGGUGAGAGAUGCUUACAGCUUCGAUUCUUUCCUUGAAUUGUUCAGUUGCUGUGAAUUGAUCAGAACACGAGAAAUCAACGGUGUUGAUUCCCGUCCGGUUCUUGAAAUUUUGUUGAAGAAGAAAAAGGAAAACCCAAAUUUCGAAAUCGAAACCCUAGAUAGUGGCAAUUUCGUGAAUAAGUGCUCUGUUCCUGGUUAUAAACGUGAAAUAGUUAAAAAUGCAGAGUCGUUGAUUGAGGAAGAGCCAUUGAAGCCUUGGAUUAUAUUAAAGAAAAAUGUGAAGAACGUCAAGUACUUAACUUCUUUGGUUGACAUAAGCUUUAAGAAUAGGUAUGUGUAUGUUGAUGUAGGAGCUAGGAGUUAUGGUUCUAGCAUAGGAAGUUGGUUUAGGAAACAGUACCCAAAGCAGAAUAGAACCUUUGAGGUUUAUGCAAUUGAGGCUGAUAAAUCAUUUCAUGAAGGGUAUAGGGAAAAGAGAGGGGUAACAUUGUUGCCCUAUGCAGCUUGGGUGAGGAAUGAGACAUUGUUCUUUGAGAUCACCAGAGACCCAAGCAAAGUGAUGAUGCAAGGAAGAGGCAUGGGGAGGAUAAACCCUGUGCAAACCUCUUCUAGCCAUAUGGGUGACACGGACAAAAUUCAGGGUUUUGAUUUUGCAGAGUGGCUCAAGAGUGCUGUAACAAAAAUGGAUUUUGUGGUGGUGAAGAUGGAUGUGGAAGGGACAGAGUUUCAUCUCAUCCCAAGGUUGAUUCAGACUGGGGCUAUAUGCUUGAUUGAUGAGCUCUUCCUUGAGUGCCACUACAAUAGGUGGCAGAGAUGCUGCCCUGGACAGAGAAGUGCAAAGUAUCACAAGACCUAUACUCAAUGCCUGCAUAUGUUUUCUUCACUUAGAAGUUAUGGAGUUUUAGUGCAUCAAUGGUGGUGA